CCGGCCAGGGGCGUGUUAGGCGCUAACAGUAUGGCGGCCGAUGGAGACAGUUGGAGCGGACCAGCGGACACCAGCGGCGGGCAGCCGGCAGCGGACGAGUCGGACGGGUUCGGCGUCGUCAACAUGCUCCUGAACGCCGCGCUGCUGGCGGUGGUCGCGGCCGCCUGCCUCGCCGCGUACCGGCGGUGGGGCAGGCGGCUGGUGGCGGACGCGGCCCGGAGCGACGAGGCCUCGGCGCUGCCCAAGAUGAGGAGACGGGACUUCAGCCUGGAGCAGCUGCGGGAGUACGACGGGCUGCUCAACCCGCGCAUCCUCAUGGCCGUCAACAUGAAGAUCUUCGACGUGACCAGCGGCAGGAAGUUCUACGGGAAAGAUGGUCCUUACGGCAUUUUCGCGGGCCGGGAUGCUUCGAGAGGCCUGGCCACCUUCUGCCUGGAGAAAGACGCCCUGAGGGACGAGUACGACGACCUGUCAGACCUCAACGCUGUACAGAUGGAGAGCGUGAGGGAGUGGGAGAUGCAGUUCAUGGAAAAAUAUGAUUACGUUGGGAGGUUGCUGAAGCCCGGAGACGAGCCGUCGGAGUACACAGACGAGGAGGACAUCAAAGACCACCUGAAGCACGACUGAGCGGUUCCAUCACACCGACCAAAGCCAGGAAGCCCCCAAACAGCUGCGACAGACCGCCCCCCCCCAUCCCCCCAAAGACCUCCUCCUACCCACCCCCCAUCCACCUCCACGCCGCUCCUCCCUCCUGCUCCUACUCUCUCCCCCCCCCAAAAAAAACUCUUCACCUCCUGAAUCUGUCCGGUGCCGUGGCUGUUCUGGAAAGGGCAAGACUCAAAGUCUCAACGCCCAGACCUCCCUCCCUCUCCAUCCUGCGAAGAUGACCACCAACAGGAAGCGGUUUAAAACCUUCAAUGGGGGCUUUUUUAAAGUGACGGCGGGGGGAGGAGGAGGAGAAGGGAUUGUUUGCCAUUAGAUGUAUUUGAAACAAAACCACAAAAUAUUUUAGUCAUUUCUCCAGAAGACAGUGGGGGGGGGGGGGGGGGGAACGUGUUGUCAUCGUGGAGGUUGGUCUGAGGUAGAGAAACACAUUGGUCGAGGAUGAUCAGUGGAUCGGGAUGGGGGAAAAACGGAUUUCUCUCUUCUUCUUUUUUUUUUUAUCUUUGGUUUAGUCACAUCGCACCUGAAACUGCUUCAGCUUCGGACGGCUUAUCAAUCAAUCUUUAUUUUAUUUUGUUUGUUCGAAUAAUUAGCCCCCUGUUGUUGAGAGGGCGGCGCUGCAACCUAAGAACCAGUGCUGUGGAAAUUGCCGGGGGGGGGGCGUCGCAUUUUCCUGUUGUGUUUGUAGUGUAUGCACUACUAGUUUUCUUUGUUUGUCACCAUGUGAUUGUAUUUGUUGAGUAGCAUAUAGGGAGGGAGGGGAUUUUUAUUUUUUGGGGUUGGGCUUUUUGGGGGUUUAAAGGUCUUUGCCAUAUGAAACCUGUUUUGAAUCACAUCAGACGGACAGAAUCACUGAUCGGGAAUACAAAAGGGAAGGUGACAAAGGCAGUCCUAAUCAAUCGACUCAAUUGUUUACAUGCCUCACAAGCCAGCUGCAAGUCUGUAGAUUCCCUGAGAAAAAAAAAAAUGGUCCAAGUAUUAAUCGUGCCUUAUUUUGUUCGUUGUAACCGUUCUAACAGAGGAGGCGAGCGGAGGGAUGGAGGUGUCGUUUUUUUUUUCUAGACUCGGUCCCCCCAGACUUUAAAAGAAAGGCAUACGUUCUGUCAGUCGUCCGUGCACAGACUGUAAUAUUCCCCCACUUCACAAACUUUGUAAAUAGACCGUAUGAAUUACUCAGUGUUACUGCCAUAUUUAUGUAGUUGAUGAACUCCAGAUAUGUAAAAUGCUUUGUCGUAUUGGCCAAAACCCCCAUGGUUUGUGUUUGUUCUUUUUUCUUUUCUUUUCUUUUUUUUUUUUUUGGUUCUGAACUUCUUUUUAAACGUGGGUGAAGUUCCCCCCCGUUAAAAAAAACAACAAAACAACAACAACAACAAAAAAAAGGAGUGUUGCAAAGUGCUGCAGGGCAGGACCAGGAGCUGUUCUUGCGAAUUUUGUUCGGAGACGUUGCUUAUCCUGUAAAUAUAUAUCUAUCAUUUUAUUAAAGCAUGUGCAACAACAAAGUGAGCUAUGCCGAAUUCCCACCACGUCAUGUAUUUAAAUGUUGGGUGUGUGUGUGUGCGUGUCUGCGUGACAGAGGCAGGAAGGGAUUUGUUCAUGCAUAAUAAAUCGAUUUGGUUAAUAA